CAGACUGUGUGGAGCAGUCAGAAGGUGAACUCACCGAGGAAGGAGUGUCUUAUAGCCUAUAGUGUAAGGUAGCUUGUGAUAAUGUCAGGUAAAAGACAAUAACUGUGUACCUAGUCCGUUAACAUGCACGUGUUUUCCUGACGCUGUGUGUCUCUCAACUAUGGGAAUAUUUUUGUCCGUUUCCUGAACAUCCCACUGCAUCAUCUCAUUCUUUGAAUACUUGUGGAGCGAGGGGAACUUUCUCCUCGCCGACUCGGCAGCGGAACAAACAGCCCAAAUAACAGAGCGGUAAAAAAACAACAAUGGAAAUCAACCGAUUCCUUUCCUGACAUCCGCGUCCUUUAAAGCUUGGAACCCAGCGAGUCUCCGAAAGGGGUGAGAGAAGAAGCGACAUGUUUUCUAUCGCAAGCGAGACGCGGGGCUCCCGCCGCUGCGUGGCCGAGGAUGCUGACGCCUGGUCGGGGAGGACAGCACGCCUUGGGUCGCUGAGGAUCGGAUCGGUCCGGACAACCGGGGUUGAAAGCGUGUGGGUCCAGGAGGAAGAGUUGUGGAGAUAAGAUCCAUUUGAGGGGGGUUUACAGUACACGACUGGAGAACCGGGGACUACGCUCCGAGGUCGGCAAGGUGCCCGCUACCAGCCGCCCUGGUAGUAGUAGUAGGACGUGUCGCUACACGCAGGCGGUUUGUUUUCCUGCACUCGAUUAAUUUACUAUGAACUCUGCUGCGUCGUCUGCAGCCAAAUAAGUUGGGUUUGAUUUCCAGACUGAUACACGGAAACGAUGGACAAGAAAUGGGAUCGGAUGUAGGCUAACUCUCCUUUUUUUCCGCCUCAUGCGAUGUGAAUGAAACAUUGGAAUGGAUGACAAAAAAGUUAAGUUUUGUUUUUGAAUAUAAUUGACUGGACAUGGGUAGGAUCGUGCAUGGACGUCAAAUGGAUUUAUAUACAUUUACUUUUUGUUUACAAAUCCCAAAUGGAUAUAUUUCUACUACAGUUAUAAAUGACAGACUGAGUGCUUUUCUCUCUCGCUGAACUGGAAUUACAAGGACGACAAACCCGCACGCACAAUGGAACGCCACUGGAUUAUAUAUUGGACCGGUUUACUCUCCCUUUUCUCCGGGGGAGUCGCUUUUUCUGGGGUCUUUAACGCGUCGGACAUGCUGACAGAUGGCCUGUUGGACGUCAAGCUGUCUCCGGGGAAAGACGGCGGGCGGCAGAGCGGUGGCUUCCAUCCACUCCUGUAUUUGAACCCCGAGGACGUAGUUCAGCUGAGGCAGCGGUCGUCCACCACACACAGCCACAUAUUUAAAGUGAUCCGUGCUGCCGUUUUCUCCAUGCUGUCCAACGCUGCCUUCUACAUGCCUCCCGCCAAUCACCAGGCAUUCACUGGCAAGUGGAACGAGAUUUACGGUAACAAUCUCCCGCCCCUUGCUCUUUACUGUCUCCUGUGUCCAGAGGACAGUGCUGCGUCCCACUUUCUCCUCAACUUCAUGGACCGCAUGGCGGCCUACCCCGACUGGAAGGUGACCAGCGCUCCCAAUGACGAAGUACCAGCGGCCCACUCCCUCACAGGGUUCGCCACCGCCUAUGACUUCAUCCACUCCUUCCUGGACGAGCAGCGACGGGAGACGUACCUCCAGAGGAUCCGCUCGGAGACGGAGGAGCUGUACGAGCUGUCCAAGCACCGGGGCUGGGGGAAGCAGUACCUGCAGAACCACCAGACCACUAACAUCUUAGCUAUCCUGACGGGCGCUGUGGUGGUGGGGACCGCACGAGACCCCGUGUCCAUGAUCUGGAAGCAGGCGUGCGUGAACUACAUGGAGAAGACCCUGUUCCUCCUAAACCACGUGGUGGACGGCUCCCUGGACGAGGGCGUGGCCUAUGGCAGCUACACGGCCAAGUCCAUCACGCAGUACGUCUUCCUGGCCCGCCGCCACUUUGACAUCGACAACACGCACAACCACUGGCUGCGCGAGCACUUCUGGUUCUACUACGCCACCCUGCUGCCGGGCUACCAGAGGACCGUGGGCAUCGCCGACUCCAACUACAACUGGUUCUACGGCCCCGAGAGCCAGCUGGUCUUCCUGGACGCCUUUGUCAUGAGGAACGGCACCGGCAACUGGCUGGCCCAGCAGAUCAGGAAGCACCGGCCCAAGGACGGGCCCAUGAGCCCGUCGUCGGCCCAGCGCUGGGCCACCCUCCACACGGAGUACAUCUGGUACGACGGGGGGCUGGCACCGCAGCCCCCGCACGGGCAUGCCCAGGCACGCAUGCACGUCUUCUCCAACUGGGGCGUGGUCACCUACGGGGCGGGGCGGCCCAGCGCCCAGGGCAACACCUUCGUCUCCUUUAAGUCGGGGAAGCUGGGAGGACGGGCCGUCUACGACCUGGUCCACGAGAAGCCCUACUCCUGGCUGGACGGCUGGAACAGCUUCAACCCCGGCCACGAGCACCCCGACCAGAACUCCUUCACCUUCGCGCCCAACGGGCAGGUGUUUGUGUCGGAGGCGCUCUACGGGCCCAAGCACAGCUUCCUGAACAACGUGCUGGUGUUCGCCCCGUCACCCGGCAGCCAGUGCAACGGCCCAUGGGAGGGCCAGCUGGGGGAGUGCGCCAAGUGGCUGCGCUGGACCGAGAAGGGGGUGGGGGACACGGCCGGGGAGGUUGUGGCCGCCUCCUCCCACGGAGACGCAAUGUUUGUGAGCGGGGAGGCGGUAGGGGCCUACUCCCCGGCCAUGGGGCUGAGGAGCGUGUACCGAGCGCUGGUCCUGCUCAACUCCCAGACCCUGCUGGUGGUGGACCACGUGGAGAAGAGCAACGACUCGCCCCUGAGCUCCAUGAGUGCCUUCUUCCACAACCUGGAUAUUGACUUCAAGUACGUUCCCUUCAGGUUCAUGGACCGCUACAACGGGGCCCUGAUGGACGUGUGGGACGCCCACUAUAAGAUGUUCUGGUUCGACAGCCUCGGCCACAGCCCGGACACCAGGAUACAGGAGGCCGAGCAGGCAGCAGAGUUUAAAAAGAGGUGGACCCAGUUUGUAAACGCAACGUUUCCAAUGACCGGAGCCGUCACCAGGGUGGCUUAUGUGAUGCACGGACCGUACGUCCAAGUCUCGGGCUGUAGAUUCAUAGACGACAACCGAAACGGAGUGAAGCUUUCUUUAACCAUAAACAACACAGAGAAGAUCGUCUCUAUUGCUACAAACUACAAAGACAUUGGAGCCAGGUUCAGCUACUUGGGCUUUGCAGGUUAUUCUAAAGUGGAGGAUAGAAAAGAGGUCUUGAGGUUUGGCGUUGGCUCAAAAGUGAUUCCUCAACAGACGCUGGUGGAGGAGCAGCUGUUUGACGCUGGCUUCACGGUGAACGUGAUCGCGGGGCUGGUUCUCUGCGUGUUGAUUGGCUUGCUGGCCAUGCAGAGGAAGUUGCACCUGUGCUCCAGCAGGUCCAUGCGUUACACCCUGCUCCUGGUGCUCUUCCUGUGGAUGGCCGAGCUGCUGCUCGUGUCCAACAGCUGUCGCCAGCAGCUCCUCUGUGGGGUGAACUGGAAAGGAGCCCGCGGCGACGCUAACAAACAACAGAGCGUACCCGACGACCACCCACUCCCCACCAUCGUCAUAACAACCCUGCCCGGCUCGGGGGCGGAGAUACUGCAGCACCUUUUCUACAACAACUCAGACUUUGUUUACGUCAGAGUCCCGACGGAACACGUAGACGUCCCCGAGAUGGAGUUUGAGUUCGACUCCCUGGUGGACGCCUUCGAGUGGUCGAAGGCCGACGCCCUGCAGGGUCGCUAUAAGAUCCUCCAGGGAUGGCUGCACUCCCUUGUGCUCAACACCAAGCUGCACCUGCAGAACAUCCAGCUGAUGGAGGGGGGCGGCCGGGCCAGACCGCCCCAGAGAGCCGGGGGAGGGGGGUCCAGAGACAAGAGGCGGAGGGCCACGAGGCGAGAGCCGGCGGCGGAGCUGAAAGGCAAGCUGAGGGCCAGCGCGGGCCGCGACGCCGAGUACGUGAUGGAGCUGAGGCGCCACAUGGCGGAGCACCCCAAGGCCCGCGUGGUGCUCAGCCUGAGGAGCGGGAGCUGGCCCCUCAAGCUGCCCUUCCUUCACGAGGUGCUGGGGCCCUCCAUGAGGUCCCUCUACCUGCUCCGGGACCCGCGGGCCUGGAUCUAUCUCAUGCUGUACAACAGCAAACCCAGCCUGUACUCCCUAAAGAACAUCCCCCAGCACCUGUCCCUGAUGUUCAGGGAGGAGGAGGGGGUCCAGAGGGCUCCAGAGUUCAGGACCUUACAGGGGCUCCUCUCCCGCUCCCAGAACAGCCCGGUUCUGCUGCUGGCCCACCUGUGGCUGGCCCACACCGCCGCUGUGCUUAGGGUGGGCCAGACCCUCCCGGCGGAUUCCUUCCUCCAGGUGAGGUUUGAGGACAUGGUGGUCUUCCCCCAGGAGACGGCCCAGAGGAUCCACCGGUUCCUGGGGGUCCCCCUGUCCCCCGCCUCCCUCAACCAGCUGCUGGUGUCCACCUCCACCAACCUGUACUCCCUGCAGUAUGAGGGGGAGGUGUCCCCCGCCACCAUCCACGCCUGGAGGCAGAAGAUGUCCGGGGAGGACGUGAGGUUGAUAGAGGACACGUGUGGGGGAUUGAUGAGGAAGCUGGGCUACACGCUGCAGGUCAGCUGACACACCAUGUAGGACUCUGAUUGGACGCUGUGGGGUUUUGUUUACAGUGGUUGACGUGUUUCUCUUGUAGUCGAAGGAGUUACGUAUGGCACUGAACCUUGACUGGAGUUUUUGCAGAUGGAACCAGACAAAGACGUGUGAAUUGUUAGUUUGCUUGAUUUAGGAGUUUUUUGUUGUUGCUUGUAUGUCAGGGUGUUAUUAGAUCAACCAAUGUGUAAAGGGAAAUGUUUAAGGAGAAAGCUUUCAUUAUACAGUUGGAAACAUUAGAUUCCCUAUGUUAGUUUGGUUUGAAAGGUUUUUCCUUCAAGCAGUCGUCUGGAGAGGAAUGCCAAUAACUUUUACCAGAGCUUUAAUACAUUUGAUGGAAAGCUCUGAGUGCUGUUACACGUCUAUUGGGCUCUCCCUCUCACAACCUCUCUCUCCAUUUCACAAUCUCUCUCUACCCUUUUUCUCUCUCCAGUUCCCCCGUCUCUCACUUUCCAUCUUUUCAUAACUGAUGAGAGAUGAUAAGUACUUUAUGAAGACCUCUCUAAUAUUCAUGUUCACAUUGAUGCUCAUCUUGUAUUCAUGCCCUGCCUUGUUUCUUGAGUCACAGCUUUCUAACCGAAAUGUUAAUAUUCAUAAGUGCUUUUAUUGAACUGACAUUCAUGUACAGAGGAAAUAUCACCAAUGAUAUAAUUUAACAUAAUAUAUAAAUAUGUCGACUUUGUACCCUUUAACAAGGAUUAUAAACCGCUGCUGUAUAGAUGUAAAAAAAAUAGCUUCUAACAGAUAUGAUAAAGGGUGUUGGUUAUGUUGUCUUGCUCUGUGAUAGACAUAAACUAUAUGGUAUUUUUGUAAACCCAACAUAAAAAGGUUAAUCUGUCAGGCAAGAAAAAGCUUGUAAGAGCUCAAAGAUGUCAUGGCUGUUUGCUGGCUUAACACUCAUGAUUAUAUGAGAGAAUCUGUGCUCUUGUUAACAUUUAUACUCCAUGUCCUCAUUAUACAACGGCAAAAUAAACAGACCCUGAAGGUCUUCUGAGUGGAGAAAAAGUGUUUAUUGGUCUCAUAGGAGGUAUGAAUAUCAUUAUAAGUCCCCUCCGGGUUUAUUGAAUCAGAGCAGAGGAGGAGGGCCCAAUGGGGAUCAGAGAGAGGAAACGGACAGCCUUGAAAGGUCUCUAGCCACAGCUUUUACCCAGCGCCCCCAGCCAUGCUGCUAAUGUGUGAUCUAGACCAGGUACAAACAGGCUCUAGACAGGCUCCAGAUCUACUAGACAAUGUCCAUCACACAGGCUGAAGGAUGCUACUCAUAGGAUUACUAAAUAUCGUCCAGUCAGAAGAAACAAAAAUCGCCCAAAUCUCAACCAAUCAAGAGGUUUGGAAAAAAAAUAACAUCCUCCUAUCAGAGGACGACAAAAAAGGGAUGCAUACUCUGUUGAGGUUCUGCUUUUGGUAUAUGUCCGUUUCCAGAGAGCAGAUGAGAUUUACUUCAUUAAUCCCAGAUGAAAUAAGCGUGUAACGAUUUGGGUGAAAAGACGAGAGGUUCCUCAGUAACUUGAUGUGCAGAUGAGAAGCCUCAGUGUUUCAUGCAGACGAUGUCCACAGACGCUCACUGUGUCCCCCCCCCGUUACUGGAGCGUCCUCCCAGCCGGGAGACGUCCUUUUUCCCAGGCUCCGUGUGCAGCGAGAGGCCCUCUAGCGACCGGCUGAACACCUGUUUGAUGUCUGUGGGCUCUGUGUUUCGUGGAGACUUGGCACCCGCACGUCUCUGCAGCCGGGCUGCGUCCGGUAAGCAGCUGUGUUCGGUGUCUGCUGUGUGGGGAUGUGGUUCCUAGCUUGGUGGCCUUUAAUUACACUCUGCUUCUUUUCUUGUGAUACCAAUGUGUGUUGUGUGGCUCAGUGGUGGGAGGUGGAGAGGAGAGAUGAAUAAAUUCUUACUUUAAUUACAAGAAGUGCUUUGUCUUUCUGAACAAGGUUCAAAUCAACACUGUUCGGAUUGUCUAUUUCUGUGUCUUGAAACCCAACUCUAAUUAGACACGUUGUGUUGUUACGAUGAAUUAUAUCCCAAGCAAAGAGGUUAAGGAAGCAUAACAGCAACUACAAUUAUCACAGUGCAAUAGUCAGCUUUACCCUUAUAAAACACUGGACACAAACACAUCAACAUGAAAAACAUUUACCGCAU